CACGUGCUUGCUGUCCAUGGAACUUGGAAGACUGUCCUUUCCCAUUCCUUUUUGCCCCCUUUUAUUUAAUUGAAGUUUUUAAAUUCUUCAACUCUCUCACUACUCUCUUCAUCACCAUUUUGGCUACACUGUAGAAAGAUUUCGAGUUGAGCUCAAAUCCAUUUCUGGGCAGUCUGAUCCGUUCAUCAUCAUCAUCAUCAUCAUGUCUGCAUAUGGCCAUUUAAUGGAGAGGGGAUUUUCUUCUCACAGUCUUUCAAGCAGAGGAAAUUCAGAAAGGGGAAGCAUUUUUGCCAUGGAGACAGGAAUUUACAUGUCAUCAUUUGCAGCCAUUGUGUUCAUUGCUGGGCUUGUGACAGUUGGGGUUUCCUUAGUGACACUUCUGGUAACCUUAACAGUAAUGUUGCAAUCUUGCCAGAACAAAAACUCUGGACCUAUAGAGAGUCUCCUCCAAGCGCCCGAAUCCCCUUACAAUCCUCACUACUGCUUGGCAUUUGCUAUGCACAUUGAGCUAAACAGUUUGGGAUCCGAUUCGUUGCCUCAAAUCUGUAAAGAUUUUGCAAUCCAGUACAUCAGAGAUGGCCAAUACGCCGAAGAUUUAAAUGCCACAUUUCAGCUGGCUGUGAAUUUCUUCAACACAGUCAAACCACCGGAAGAUGGUCGCAGUGUCGUGUUGAUGGAUGUUGACGAUUUUCUCCCCGAAGAUCUCUUUGAAGAACAAGAACAAGAUUGCGUUGAUUGCACAGAAGACUACGCGAAAUACCCAAAACGUGUUUUUGUCCAAAAUUUGUAUAAGAAACUUGUAGCUCGAGGAUGGAAAUUGGUUUUGGUAUCAAGAAAGCCAGAGAAAUUACGCAAUGCCACUAUCGAAUAUCUUCUUGCAUUACAAUGCCAUGGUUGGUCUUCGCUUAUUAUGAGAAAGGAGCACGAAAUGGAUAUGGAUACUAGGGAGUACUUCUUCAUGCAAGGGAAGGCUCUGCAAGAUGCGGGGUUUCAUGUUGUGGCUGCCAUUAGUAGCCGUUUGGAUACUUUAACUUGCCAAUCUUCGGAUACGCGUGUUUUCAAGCUACCGAAUCUGGUUUCAAUAUCAAGUAUUAGCUUCAUUAAAGCUACUACUGGUGCUUCUUGAAUGUUUACAUGCAGAGAAUGGA